AUGCCAGGCACCGUCCUUGAAGGCGGCGAAUCCGUAGAAAUCGCCAUUAUCGGUGGUGGCAUUGUUGGUGUCAUACUUGCAGUUGGUCUGCUUCGCCGAAAUGUCAAGGUUCGCGUCUUUGAACAAGCUCAAGGUUUCCGCGAGAUUGGAGCUGGUAUUGCAUUUACUGCAAAUGCCAUUCGUUGCAUGGAACAGAUCGACCCAGCAAUCGUGACCGCGUUGAGAACGAGUGGAUCUGUGCCUACAUCGGACGGCAACGAGGACGAUCCGAAUGACUAUCUACGCUGGAUUGAUGGUUAUAAUCAGCUCCGUGAAGAUGAUCCUUAUUACCAAAGAAUGCUGUACAAGAUUGACGCGGGAUAUCGAGGGUUUGAAGGGUGCCGUAGAGACCAAUUCCUGGAGGCUUUAGUCAAGGUGGUGCCACCUGGAGUGAUUGAGUGCAAGAAGCGCUUGGAGAAGAUCGAGGAGCAAGAGCAAGAGAAGAAGAUCAGCCUAAAAUUUGUCGACGGCACGAUGGUUGAGGUGGAUGCCGUGAUUGGUUGUGAUGGAAUAAAGUCACGAGUGCGAGAGAUCAUACUGGGAGGAGGAAACCCAGCCUCCUACCCUCACUAUACGCACAAAGUUGCCUAUCGAACCUUGAUACCCAUGGACGAGGCAAUUAAGGCUCUCGACGACUACAAGGCAAAGAACCAACACAUUCAUAUCGGGCCAAAUGCGCAUCUUAUCCACUACCCCGUAGCGGGCAGGAAGAUGAUCAACGCCACAGCUUUUGUCUCGGACCCAAAUCCUUGGCCGAAUGACAAGCAAAUGGUUGCUCCUGGAUCUCGAGAAGAUAUAGAGACAGCCUUUGCGGGAUGGAACCCUUGUGUACGCAAUGUCGUUAAUCUUUUCCCCAAAAAACUCGACAAGUGGGCGGUUUUUGAUCUAUGGGAUUAUCCGGCUCCGUACUACAACAAGGGCAGGAUCUGUCUUGCUGGAGAUGCCGCCCACGCGAGCAGUCCUCAUCACGGGGCGGGAGCCUGUACCGGUGUUGAGGAUGCAUUGUGUCUGGUUACUCUGCUAAAACAGGUCAAUCUCUCUGUGCAGGAGAGUGGGCUUUCAAAGAGAAAAGCGUUGAGUUUGGCGUUUGAAACCUUUAAUGCAAUCAGACGCACGAGGAGUCAGUGGCUCGUGAAUAGUAGUCGGAGGGUAUGUGAUUUCUAUCAUCAGCCUGAAUGGGCAAAUCCAGCCAAAUGGGUCAAGGCCGAGACUUGUUUCGAGGAGUUGAAGGAUCGAUCGUACAAGAUUUGGCAUUUUGACUAUGAGGGGAUGAUCAAGGAGACUCUCAAAGGAUACGCAGACCGAGAGGCUGGCCUAUUACCGGCAUCGUCACGAGAGACAUCUGAACACUAG